ACGACGUCGGUUAAUCUCUCUAUCUCGUUCUCUAUAAAAGCAGCCACAGCCUAUGUCUCUUCUCCAAGAGUUAACUUCUCUGGUAUUGUUCUUCCUUCCAAGAAUGACGGUUGUAGCACCGAGAGAAAGGUUUGGCAAGAAUACUAAUUCGAAUUUGAGAUCGAACUCCAUGGAGAUUCGAUACAGAGGUGUGAGAAAGCGUCCAUGGGGUCGUUACGCCGCCGAAAUCCGCGAUCCAGGGAAGAAAACCCGCGUCUGGCUCGGCACAUUCGACACUGCUGUGGAGGCAGCGCGUGCCUACGACGCGGCCGCGCGUGAGUUCCGUGGCGCCAAGGCCAAAACCAAUUUUCCCCACACAAUCGAGACCGCCUUCACGCGCAGCCCUAGCCAGAGCAGCGCCGUGAAGUCGUCCUCUCCCCCUCUGCCUUCUCAAAUGUCGACGCAGGCGGUAGAAUUCAACCGAAUGAGUGUCGGCGUGCCGUGCAACCCCGUCGCGGUUGGACGUCCGGUUUUGGUCUUCGACGUGUUCUCACGCGACUCGUGCAGGUUCGACCGUACACUCCGCUCCGCCCAUUUUGACUCAGAUUCAUCAUCCGGCGUUGCCGAUUACGAUCAUCAGCACGGUUCAGAGAAGACAUUGAUGAAUCUAAACCUCGAUCUUAACCUCCCUCCCCCGCCUGAAGUUGCAUGACUUUUGCUGGGUUGUUUAGUAAUUUAAAAACUGACAUGUAUGGAUGAAGAAGGAGAAGAAUAUAUAUGUAUAUACAGUAACUUUAGUACGUUAAGUCGGAUCCAUGGUCGUAUUUUUGCAACUGAGAAACUAUAUCAUCUGUUUUGAUAUUUCUAUAAAUGAAAAUCGAGAGAAUAUUUUGUUGGGUGAUGAUGCUUCA